AUGAGCAUCAGAGAGAAUCCGUACAAGGAGUCUAUGCGGCGUCUCGUUAUUUACGCGGGACUCCCAGACUACGGGAGUACGCGGACGGUGACCCCGCCUCCUUUAACUGGGAAAGGGGCGUUGUACUUCCAGGCCUCGGAAUCACCGGAGUGGAAGGCACACUUAUUAUCCAUUCCACGUGAAGAACGUCACAGAGCUUCUGUCCGACGUCGUCUCUGUACACGUCUGUGGUUAGCGGCACAAAAUGACUUGUGUUUGUGGUGUUGGUUUACAAAGAGCAUGUGCAUGUGCUCUCGGAUUGAGCAUUUUAGGGCGCAGAUACUCUCUGAUCAGCUGAACUCGGCUGUCAAAGUGACCAUGGUCAUGCAUGCAGCGGAAGUGAUGCGAGCAACGAACUCUGGACACAUUGCGGCCUUUAUUUUGGGGGCGCCUAUCCGUGUCUGGGGCGUUGAAGAGGAUGACGUGUAUCUGCAAGGGCUACCGGCUGUAGACGAGGAAGUUGGCGGCCUCUGCACGGCCUCAUUGUACCCAGAGUCUAAUGCCAUACUGGUGGAGAACUUUGUGCAGAAUCUUCAACAAGGCCAGAAAGUUCACUUGCUUCUUUCAGAUGGAACAUGGGGUCAGGCAACCUCGCUUAACAGACACAUCCCUCGACAUAUUCCCCGAGUGGCACUGGAUGUGGAUGGGUCGUACAAGUCGCUUUUUGAGGCAUUACGGAAAAGGACAAGGGAAACGGGUGUUUCGACGCUGGAGGCCACUGCCAUGGCCAUGGAACAAUGCUUAAGGGGGCUAAAUAGUAAUUCCACAGAAGGUGUAUCGUCUGUCCUGCCUGUCCUGACAACAGUCAUGAAGGAAUUUGUGGACCUAAGGUGCCUAUUGAAGUUUCGGGAUGUUUGCUUUGCUGAGGGCAUGGAUGAAGUUUCCGGCAUAAUUAAAAAACGUGACGCCUAUCGUCGUGACGCGUCGCUUGAGCGUCUUCGGGUGUUACAUACGAAAGCUGAUGAAGAUCCCGAGGUACGAAAGCAACUUCUUCCACCCGUCUUAAACUAUUGCUACGCAUGCGAUGUGGCGGUGGGUUGGCAUCGUAUGGUGGAGCACGUGCUGGGUAGAGUCCACCAAGAAGGGUUUAAAAAGGGCGUGCCUCGUACUCCUGGUGAGAAAUCACGAAGCUGUGUCUGUGCGUGGUACGCCAACAGUUUGAAGGGGUAUGAGGACUCCAAUUGA